AUGAGGAUUCUGGCAGUACUGUGGACGGUAUGUCUAGUGAGACUAUGCAGUGCAGGUUGCUUUGGUUGUUUUGGAAAAGGUAAAACGAAUGACAGAGUUACUGUUCAAGCAGUACAAGGAGGUUCCAGGGAAGCAUCUAGAGAUAAUCUUAGGAGUCCACCUCAAAAACCUGUAGAGUUUCCUACUGGACCUCAAACUCAAGCCCGUUCUGCUAGUAUAUCUAGUCAAUCUACUAGUAGUGAAGUUGGUGAUGUUGAUACCGAAUCUGCUCAUACUUCUAACUCAAUUGGCCAAGGUACUAAUACCACUCAAGUUAAAGGUACUAAUUCUGAAGUUGAUGAAGAACAACACUCUUAUGGUGCUAGUCAAUCUAGUGGAAAUAGUUCUAGAUCUCCUCAAAAUCCUCGACCUCAAACUGAAACUGCUCUAGCUUCUACUCCACCUCUCGCAAAUACUACUUCCUCUAUUACUUCCCAAGCAGGCGCUCCUAAACCUACUACUCCCAUUACCCUUGAUCUUGCAAAGCCAGAUGAGACAAAUGUACGUGUAGGUAACCAAUCUCGUGAUGAUGGAAUAAAGACAAAGAGAUUUACUCCCAAAGAUGCCUUCCAUAUAUCCUCUGUUGUGGAUGGUGGAUCUUCUGUUUGGAAGGCUGAGAAAAAUGAAAGGUGCAAAUUUGUAGAAUCACAUGCAAAAGGAGACUCUUCUCUAAUUUCCAUAGGCAUAAGCAAAGGUGAUUACUUAGACUUUAAGUACUUUGAAAAGACUGCUGAUGGGAAGUGGAAUAACAUCACACAAGGAGACUUUUUAAGGAAGCUUGCUGGAAUGAGAAAGUCUGGAUCAUCUCCCAAUCCUUCUUCUUCACAUCCUUCUCCUACUACUACUCCAUCUCAGUAG